AUGCUACAAGUCUGGACUGACGUAUUCCUGGACUAUGAAAGUGGUAUAUCCUCCUUCUCGUGGGCUUUGGGAUCAGAGCCAGGAGAUGAUGACGUCAUGACGUUUACUUCGGUGGAAAGUCUUACCGAAUGUGCAGAGACCCAUCCUGACGCUCAUUUAAACUUAACCGACGGACAGGCUUACUAUGUAUCUGUUAUAGCUCGAAAUAGAGCUGGCCUUUCUUCGUUGGCAACCUCAUGGGCGUUUGUAGCAGACAUGUCGCCUCCGGUCACUGGGAAGGUGUAUGAUGGGAAGUAUAAUGCUGCUAGUUAUAUCAAGGAUGUUGAUUACCAAACGAGAACAUCAAUGAUAUCCUGCCACUGGGAAGGUUUCUACGACCCACAUACAGCCAUUACAGAAUACACGGUUUCCAUUGGAAAGUGCAAGCACUGUGACGAUGUAAUAUCCAAUUAUUCUGUUGGGCUAAGCACAGAAAUGACGUUUGAUAAUUUGCUACUACGACCAGGAAAUAAGUAUUACGUAACGGUCUCCACGUGUAACACUGCUGACUUCUGUGUUGCUUCGACCUCCGACGGGGUCAUCAUUGACAACAGUGUACCAGUCACCGGGGUCGUCUUAGACGGAAUUGGUGACAUCGACAUUGAGUACCAAUACCACAGGUCAACGCUUAGUACCACGUGGUACGGCUUUGGCGACGCCCAUUCCGACUUACGUAACUACGUAGUGCGUGCAGGCACAUCACGUGGGAGUGACGACAUCAUGGCACCAAAGGAGUGUCACCUGUGUGAAGCAUUGGUUAACAACCUGUUACCUGCACUGUUACCUGUUGGCAAAUACAUAUUUGUCACGGUCCGAGCAUAUAACAAAGCGGGUUUAUACACCGAGUCUUCAUCCAACGGUUUCCUGAUAGAUGACAGCUCCCCAAAAUUUGACUCUAAACCGACCUUAGCGUCUGAUGCAGGAAGCAUGAUCCCCAAUGUAUUGAUAUUCCGUACAAGUAUGAAAGUUGUCUGGCAGGUUUCUGACCCAGAGUCUUUUAUCGAAAGACAGUACAUUUCGUUAGAAUCACACGUUGGUGGCGAUUUUAACCUCAGCUCUAAACAGUUGGAUGGUUUUACACGUGACUUUAUUCUGACAGGCCUUGAUCUCCAUGACGGAAGUACAUAUUACGUCACAAUAGUAGCAUGCAAUGGGGCGGAAGUUUGUGCAAGCUCCACUUCAGAAGGCAUAUUUGUUGAUUCUUCACCACCAAGCCGGGGAAUGUUUGCUUUACACACGGAGCAUUCGGUGAAUCUGCAGCUACAACGAAAUGUGUCGGAUUGGAUGACCUGGACAGAUUUUAGACUAAAGCUCGCCUGGCUGGGCUUCAACGAUGUACAUUCGGGGGUGGAACACUACAUUAUUUCAGUGGGUGAAACUUACAUGGCAAACGAUCUGUUAUUGUAUCCAAAUGAACGGUUGAUACAUGAUAUAGACACACCAUAUGCCAAUGGAGAGGACGCCAUACAAGUGUUCAAUAUCAGAACCAAACGUUUGACUCCGUCAAUGAGUGUAUACAUCUCUGUAACAGCCGUUAACGGUGCUGGAUUGCGGAGUCCAGUUGUGCAUAGCCGGUUUGUGUUAAUUACUGGAGGUGCAAUGGAACUGGUCCGUCGAUGUUCUAGUCUGACGUGUGCUGGUCACUGUGUGUGCUCUCCUCAGGACCAGGCAUGUCCUUCUUCACAGACAUGUGUCGACGUCACAAAAGACAACCUAGGAGGAGUUAUGGUAACUGAUAUACAGAACACCGGAUCAUCCUCUGAAGGCGACAUCGACUAUAUAUACAGCAACAUGGCUGUAUCUGCCUCGUGGCAUUCUAUAGGGCAGACUGUGCUUUGGUACGAGUGGAGUGUUGGUUAUACACACAGUGAUAUCCCUGAUGGAGUAUACGAUCAUCUGAAUGACCGGGUUUGGCACGACGCCAGUCAGUUUCAUAACGUCACGGUCACGUUUCCACGAGGGAAGGAGUUGAAGAGUGGAUUCCAAUACUCCGUGUUCAUAAGAUCAUGGUUUAGCAUUACGACUUACGCUGUAUAUAAAUCCGACGGUGUCACAAUUGUUGAUCAACCUCCAAGUGUCACAAAGCUGUUAGGAGCAAUGGUGAAGGAGCGUCAGCAUGGAACAAACAAGAAGGAAGUUGACUUAACAAACGACCCUAUGAAACUUUACAUAGACUGGUCCGGCGUAUUUCUGGGUGCUGAGGAACAUAUCCACAUAUACGACAUCUAUGUGAGCCUCUUCCCAGGCGGUCAUGGUAUAUUUGAAAGUUCUGUAAGUCUCCCUGCACAUUUGACGUCACACAAUAUAACCUGGGCGCCUUUUCGGUCACAAGUCAAAUAUUACACGAAUGUGAUUGGUUACGGACAUUCAGGAAUUUAUCGUACAGCUGUAUCAGACGGGUUUGUGUUCGAUACUGACCAACCAAUCAGUGGCCUCGUAUCUGAUGGACUCGGAAUCCAUGACACAGAUUAUCAGAACGCCUCCGAGCAGCUGGGUGCGACUUGGGCGGGUUUCCGUGAUACGACGGGACUGAUUGGUUACUAUUGGUGUGUGGGAGUAACUGCUGACUUAUCAGACUGUUCGGUCCUCCCCUGGCGGUUUGUUGGCCUCCAUACAGCCUACUUCAGUAACAUCACAACUCCUGUCAUUCAAGGUUCUAAGCUGUUUAACAAGGUGUAUGCUGUGGAUAUCGUGGGUCAACACUCUGUAAUAGCAGUAUCAGACGGAGUCGUUAUUGACUAUACUCCACCUAUUCCAUCGAAGUAUAUAUCAUGGAGAAAGAACAUUGUUGACAAUCCUUCUUUUGAAUCCUCUCUCCAGAAUUCCAAUAAUUUAUCAACAGCUCUGGAAUCGGAUUUAUGCAGUAUUUUAUCUGUAUACCGUCCUGUGGACUGGAAACUAGAGGGAUGCGGUGGCGUAGUUCGUGAAACAAAAAACAACGUAAAUAACAAUUUUCUCCUUGUACAAAUGUCUGUUUCACAAACCCUAGAGAACCUGGAGAUUGGAGAAGAAUAUAGAGUGUCCUUUGUUACCAAACACAUGACUCUUCCAUCAUCGGUAAUGUCAAACGCAGAAGCCUAUGUGAAAUUUGGUUCUGAAACACGCAUGUUCUUUUUACACAAGAAAUAUGGAAGAAAUGAGCCGGGUCACCGGGAAAACUUUCAAUGGGAAACACAUCUGUAUUAUUUCCAAGCGUCAUCUGUAAGUGAAACGUUGACCCUUGGAUCGAUCGGACCUUCUAUGGGGUUCUCAAUAGAUGAUAUAGUCGUUCAACAAUUUGACAGUGUUGCAGACUACGAUUCCGAUGGAAUGGGCCAUAUAGAAACAAAGUUGCAUUUCAUUCACGAGCAAACCAUUGUCCGUGCCAAAUGGACGUUUGAAGAUAUGGAAUCUCCCAUCAUAGACUAUACUUGGUCUAUUGGUACGGUAAGGGGAGGACUAACUUUACAGUCACUGACCAGUGUGGGGAGGAACACAUUCUCGUCUAACAGCAACCUAAAUCUGGAUCACAACGCUAUCGUCCACGUGACAGUGAUGGCCACUAAUGCAGCUGGGCUGAGGACAAUACUGCACGCUGAUCCAAUACUGGUCGAUCUCACCCCACCUGUCGUGUUGAGGAUAAAUGAUGGUUCCGGAGAGGAUCUGUCAAUGCAAUCGAGCAACAUUAUAACUGUCAACUGGAAAAUCAUAGAUCCAGAAUCAGGUAUUCAGUCAUGUGCCUGGGCAAUUGGAACAAAUUACUUCGAAAACGAUAUCCAAUCUUUUACAAAAGUUCCAGCGACAGCAACUUCAGCUUUUGUAGAACUGAAUAUGAGCAGAAUUGAUGGUAAAAAAGUGUAUUCCAGUGUGGAAUGUGAAAAUGGUGCCGGUUUAAAGACCCUAGCAACCACCAAUGGAGUCCAAAUCACGACGACGGCCCCAGUUCUUCCCUACGGCACCUUUGAUGUGACAGAGAUGUCGGCAAAAGAAUACCCAGCACAGGACGGCUAUCAGAGUAGCAGAUUGGGUAUCAGAUGUGAAUGGACCCCCCUCGAUACCACCGGUAUUCUAUAUGAGUUUGCUGUCAGCGGCCCUGAUAUUUCGUUCAAAGACGUCAUCGAAUCCCUGGAUCCACUUGUGUCAAAAGUAUGUGUAACAGGAGAUAUGUUGCUCACUAAUGGGAUCUACAACCUUUCCGUUAGUGCUAUUAACACACUGGGGAUGAAAAGCAACACACUACUGGAACAGUUGAGGAUCCACACAGCUUUGGACAAGUCGUGUAAAGAAGACAAAUUUGAAACCGUUACGUCAACUAAGAACACGCUGAGUGUAGAUUGGUCAGAUGUGUUUUCUGACACAGUCGAUAUUCAUUUCUACGAAGUGUCAGCAGGAACGCUUGGAGGCGUGGACAUCGUACAAUGGCAGUACACCACGGAGAACCAUUUAGUACUUGGAAUCCCAGAUAAAAUAGUCGACCAGGAAACGGUUCUAAUACACAUCGUCGUCAAGGCCGUAGACCGUAGCGGCCUCUAUACUACAUGUAAAACAACGUUGUAUUUUUAAAAAGUGCAUAGACAUCGGACUUCAUUAUUUGUUUUAUGGCCAUUGUGUUAGACAUCCGAAUUCAAGUAGAGGAAACAACAUUAUUAAACUUUAGAUUUAUAUGUCCGGCAGGAUAGUACUGUGUUACUGAACAAUUUAUUUAUAUAAAUAUGUAUAUAUCUUAAUACAACAUAUCAUUGAUCUUCCUUCGCUCAUCAAUCUGAUCAAAACCAGAUCUUUGAUUACAUUCUGAUACUCUACGUUCCAAGGUAUCGGAGUGGAAUUAAAGACCUGGUUUUAAUCAGAUUGUUCGCUUAUUAUUUAUAUAUUAUGUAAAAAAAUUAUAGCCCAUUUCACUUUUCUAAUCUCAAUUAAUAAUUGAAAUACUAGCAUUUAACAGAGGGGUAGCGAGGCUGUUUUUAUGUUGAAACUAUAUUUCGAAGUUAUUUGAAAUUGAAAGUAGAAUUUACAUACUGAUCAUUACGACGGUGAAACGAAAUCUUCUCGAAUUUUUCCAACACGCUGAUAUAAAUAACUUUAACCCCAAUGGUUGUACAACUUUUUAUGACAAGGAGAGAAUAUCUGUUAUUACAAUUUUAAAAGAUGUGCAUCUUAACCGUGAACGAUUUGUAUCUAUUUCAGUUUCAGAUAUCGAACAUAUCUAUGUUAACACCGAGAGUUUCACAACUAGUAUCUGAUUCUUUAUGGUGAUCAGUAUAUGCUUCGUUACAAACUUGUGUAUACAAAUAUUACACUAAUCAAAUUUUGUAAAGUUGUAGUUUUCCAUUGAAUACCAAAAAAAUCUUAUUUGUAAUCAUCAAAACCACUUAAAAAAUGGUUUGAAAUGUUUAUAAAUGAGGUUGGCACGACCCCAUAGGCAGGACGGAUUGGGCCUAAAUAGAGGAAUUUUAGAGUAAAGCCAUACUACUGAAGAAUUAUCAAGAUCAUCACCAUUACAGCCAUAACACAUACACAUGUGUUGGGCAUGAAGAGACGGAAACAUCCAAGCUACCAGGAUUGUUCCUGAUGUUCCAUCCUCUCUCAAGGGACAGAGUCCCAGAAUCGUAGUAAGAAACAGUCGAGAUCCCCUUACAAUAACCAAAUAUACAAUUGCUAUAAAUGGCGCGAGACAAAUGAUAUUAAGACCCCUGAAUUUUCGUUGGGCAAAAUGACAUGUUUAAUCAAUACGUGAUAUAGUGCACGAUCAUUACGUCAUGUUGCUUCAAUUUUUUAAUAUGUCAAUUACCUUUUAUGUAUACACUUUAUUCGUCCAAAUUAUUUGUGGUCUAACUAUUGCAAAAAAUGUUACUGUAGGAUGUCCUCUAUCGAAACAUCACUAAGUUGUCACAAUGGUCUGUAGUACACUUUCUCUCCUGUAGUGCAUUUGCUUUUGUUAAGUUUUGAAGCUAAACAGGAAGUAUGCUGAUUAGCUGCAUUGUCUUUUACAAUGUACAUUGUUAAUGUUGGGGCUUUUGUUUUGUGACGGAUAAUAAUCAUCAGGAAACUUGACUAGUUUUUGUCACAGUUUGAAACAAUUUGGCCCCCGUUACAAGCGAUUGUUACAAAUUCAUGUACAAGAAACAGUUGAAGAAAUUCAAUAAAUUAGACAGUCUUGUCAAUAAAUAGGUCCCUCAGAAAAAUUGAUGUAAUUGACGAAAAGACCAUAUAUAUGAUGCAGUAAAAUGGUUAGUUUGUGUGGCUUUCUGCAUUGGUAAGGUGCUUCCUCACCUCAAAUUUCUAGUUUUUGGGGUUUCGGAACUUUAUGUACAUACAAUCUAUGGUAAUUUACAAAUUAGAAGAAGGGUUAAUCUGGCUAUAAAUAAUUGGGGUAUUCCCGUUUCCGAUCAGAACUUGUUUUGUUGUAACGAAAUGCCAGUAGAAGUAUUCCUUAAACAAACUAGCCAAUCCCCAGGGAUUAAGUCUCUGUAAGCAGGGUAGGAUGGUGGAUUCUGUGAACACCAACUCUGCUUAAAAAAACACAUGUUUGCAUAGGUGGUCAGUUGUGAUGGUAGUCUAUUGCAAAAAUAGAGUACAGGUAAAUCAACUGCUAAUAAUUGCAAAAUAAUAAUUAAUAUUUAGAAAAGUUUUCAGAAUCAAACAAAUUAAUUAUAAGAGUUCCAAUCCCAAGCUGCUAUAAAACAGCAGCACGUUUUGGAGAAUUAUCAUAUUUCGCUGUGUACUUUGAAACAUCAACUUUUUCACUCGGUGAAUGUGAAUUUUGUAGUCAGAAUUUGUCAAUGUUUUAAUAAAACUUGUACUUUUCAA